AAGUGCUUCUGAUCACUUUCCUUCCCAGAGAAAUCUUGCCUAACCAGCACAGUGCUUGUUCUCCUGGUUUCCACAGGGCUCAUCUUGGUAUUUUGGGAAGAACUCCUGGCAUGCCCCAGGCCAAUAGAGUCAUAUUUGGUUAGAAAAUCACCAGCCUGGCCUCUGAAGGAAGCAAGAUCUAACCUGAUUGUGGCUGCCAGCUCUGGCCUCAGUGCGCUCCUUAUUGAGCUGAUCUUCUACCUGGAACGGACCUGGCCUAACCACGUAGUCAACACCUGUGCUGGAGACUGUCAUGGAGAUUGACAUGGCGGGAAAGGGAGCCCCGAUUCUGAUGAGAUUCCGAGGCUCGAUGGCUGUAGCUCUUUCUCAGGAUAUGACUCCACAUAAUUAGAAAAGGGCAAGCCAACGGAACCUCUCUGUGUGAGUGCAAUAAAUGAGGGGCUUCUGUCAUUUUUAGACAGGCAUAGGUGAAAUUAAGAUGAUAUCCUAUGCUUCCAGAGAGCUACUCUUGUGGUAAGAGCUACAUGAAGCAGCUAAGCUAGUUGAUGAGGUUAGAGCAGGUGUUCGAUGUUCAGGUAGGAUGAGUUCAUGAGUUGAGUAAGGCAGCUGACUGGCUGGCUGACUUUAUACAAACCAAUUUACUCAUUUGAGUUUGAGAUGUCUCAACCCUGAAAUGAAGGUGCUGGGUUAGGUGGUGAGGUACUUAGUGGGCUCCGGCUUGUGCCAGAGAGGUGGGAGGCAUGAAGAACUGCAGCACACUGGGGAGUCUCCUUCAUGGGGCAGGUUUAUCAAUCUUGGAGGUGAAACUGUUGGUCAAAUAUUUUAUAGACUAGGGUAAGUAAGCUGAGCAUAGAAUAGGUUCAAUCAUUCAUUCAAUAUAUAUGGAGAGUCCAGUAUGCCCAGCACUAUGCUGGUUCCCCAGGGAUAGAAUAGUGAAGAAGACACGUGAGGUCCCACUCUUACUCUAUCAGGGGCACAGGGAAUCAAUACAUAAAGAAGUAAAGAUCCAGGGCCGAAGAGACGGCUCAGUGGGUAGAGGUGUUUCUGCACAGGCCUGAUGACCUGAGUUCCAUCCUCAGACCCCACAAGGUGGCAGGAGAGAACAGAUUCCUGAGAGGUGUUUUGUGACCUCCAUAUGUAUGCUGUAGCAGAUACACAUACAAAUACACAUGUAAACACUCACAAAUAAAUGUAAUAAGAAAAUUAGUUUUUUAAAAAUAGAGAUAAAUGCUAAGAUCUAGACAAAUAAUUAUAAAUUACAUUGUGAUUAAUUAAUUAAUUACAUCAUAAUUACAUUGUGACAUUGGGUGGCUUGGAGACAGCCCUUGGAGAAGCUGCCUGUCGGCUGAGACUUCAGGGGUGUUGAGGACCAAACAGAUGUUUAGAAGUGACAACACAGUUAGGCUUCCAAUCUUUCUCUAGGUAGAGUGGCACUUUUUGCUUUCCAAGGAUAAUUACAUCAUAGAAGACAGAGAAAAGCAAGAGGAUGGUAGCUGUGGGGUUCUAGCAUGGAAAGUGGGCAGCUGAAACCAUCCAUGAGUCCCUUGCCAGAGCUGGGGAGGAUGUUUCUAUAAGCUUUCUUUCCUUACCUGUUGAGAAUAUGGAAAACUUCAGAAGGCCGUGAUGCCAAUUGGAGGGCUUAGUAAAGCCUAGUAGUGGUGGUGGUGAUGAUGAUGUUGAUGAUGGUGUUGAUGAUGAUGAUGAUGACAGCAGGCAACAUAUCUAGUAUUAGUAGAUACGAUUUUAAGAAACAAUUUUUAUGUGUUCCAAAUACUGUUGCACUCUUUGGAAGUAUUAGCUAUUUAGUCUUCACAACUAUUGGAGCUAAGGUGAUAUCCUUACCCUCUCCCCCAUUUUAACAGCGGGGAAACUGAAGUUUAGGGGAAUACUGUCAUGUACCCAAGACUGUGUAGCUGGUAUCUGAUGAAGGAUGUGUGAUUCUGGUCUCUGUUUCUGUUUCUGUUUCUAUCUCUGUGUGUCUGUGUAUGUGUCUCUCUCUGUGUCUGUCUCUCUCCUCUUUUAGUUACACAUGUAAAGGGUUCCAUCACAUCAAAUUUUCCUCUCUCUAUAUAUCUAUUUAGGUAUGUGUCAUUACACUGAUCCUUACAUUAUACUGCCUCUUAUAGGCCUCAGUCAAAUAGUCAUAAAUAUCUGGUGUAGAAGUGUCUUUAGAGACCAGAGAUUUCCAGUGUGGUCCUCACAAAGACCCUGCUCACUUGACAGACAAGGAGACUCAGAGGCUGAGAAUCAGAUCAUAACAAAGCAGCUUGGAUUCUGAGUUCUCACUUCCGCUCGCCUGUACUUUACACCAUCAUAUCCCCCCGGCCUCAUUUCCUCACUGGAAACCCCUGGCAAAAGUGAAUAGAAUUGUCUUCCCAAGAGGAGAGAGACGAGGACUAAAUAAGAUAAUGCACACAAAACUUUCGGUGUAGUGCUCGGUCCGCAGUGAGUGUGCAACACAUGCCUUUGUGUAAGUCCACACGGUCAGGUUCCGUGCUCAGGGGUGCACUCUUUGGACUGUGACUGGGGAAGGGAGAUUGGAAGUUCUUGGGUGGGGAGGAGGUUUCCUCUUCCUGGGCUUGCCAUGUUGAUUGACAGGCAGCAAGUCUUGUUCAAACCCAUCAUAAUGAAAGUAAAAUGCGGUUGGAAGUCUUGUAAUCCACCAUCAAAACUGUCGGGUGUAGGAGAGGAACUGCUUGCUCUAAAUACAUGGCUUUUCAUUGCUGAGUUGCUCUUUAAUUAUAGGCCUUCUUUGAACACUCAAACACAAGGCCUUUGUAAACUGUAACUCCCUCUUACACACAUUCCUCCCAUAUGCCCACUUUCCCUUUCAUUUAUAGAGUAUAAACACCCAUCUCUUACUCAUUCACAUAAUGAAUUUCAGAUCCUUUGUCUCAGUUAAGGAGGGGCCUCAGUAGAAUUAUGGGCAUCUGUCAGUCUUCCUGUUCCAAGGCCCUAGAGGGCUCUUCUAAGGUUCUUUAUGGGGAGAAGAUAAUGGGCAGAAAGAACUCUUCGUUUAUGGACCUGACCCAGCUUUCUCUUUCCUUUGACAACGGAACCUGUUUACUGGAGUAGCACUUCUCUAACACAGUUCCCCAACCUUUUCUCACCACCUUCUUCAUCCUUAAACUUGUCACACUCCCCCUCUAGUGUUCUCUUCAGAAUGCAACCCAGAGCAUUUGUUUCCUGAAAGACUUUCUGCUUAUCAAGAGACACUAAGCAGGAAAGCCUCCUUCCUCUAUAUGGUUUCUUUCUUGUUGGUGAAAAAAAGAGGUUCUGCCCAGAUUUGUUUAUUUUAUUUUAUGUAUAUGAGUGUUUUGCCUGCAUGCAUGCCUGUGCCUGAAGAGGUUAGACUGCAUUGGGCCCCCUUGCACUGGAGUUAUGGAUGACAGUGAGUCAUUAUGUGGGUGCUAAGAACUGAACCUGGAUCCUCUGCAAGAUGGUGCUCUUAGCCCCUGAACCACCUCUCCAGUCCCAGAUUCUGCAAAAAACGUGAGAAUCUUGAAGUCUAGUGCCACACUCAGCUCCCCAGGCUUAUCUCCAAGCUGGAUGGGAACUUUACAGCAUGAUUGUGCUUUCUCCAGCUGAUCCAUACUCUCCCAUUCCAGUGCCCUGCCCUAUACUUGGACAAGGAUCACAUGGCACAUAGAAGAUGCAUGGUCUACUUUUGCUGCUGCCCACCAGUCCCUUGGCUCUCCCUGGUAGAAGACAACCAGCAUUUGCUUGUCUGUCUCCUUUAGGCACUAGGAAACCAGUAAAUGUUAAGUAAGGGCUAGCGUUAGCUAUACUGCCAACAUGACCUAUUUUGAGGGCCCUUUGCUAUGCAUGGGGAGAUGGAGACACUAAGUGGCAGGGCAUUUGGAUUCCCACCUUCACCUGCUCUCUUCUGUGGGAGAUCCGGGCUGUGGGGGGAAGAGUUGAAGAUUUCAGUGGCUUAAGACCAGAGAGAAUAAUCAGAUAAUUAGGAAGUGAUGGGGUUUUGAGAGUUUAUCACCUUUGUUUGAAAAUACAAUUUAUUUAAUUGUAAGUUUAUAGAAUUUAAUUUUAAAUAAUGACUGCAUUGAACAGCUGCCUGGCAGAAUUCCUGCAAAUCUGACAGCCUGUCUGGGCCCAGAGAGCACAGCACUGACCCCACAGGGCAGUUCGUGGGCCCGGGUGGCUCUGGGUUCAAGAAGAAGCUGGCUCUGUUUCUCUCCCAACACUAAGACGUUUAAAGGGGGUCUCUUUGGCUUGAGGUCUUUUAGGAGACUUGAUGGUUAAGAAGCAGCGGGUGGGGCUGCUGCAACCGGAGGAAAGAGGUGGACCUGGAAAAGGGAGUCAGUACUGUCUUGGUUCCUGACUCCCCUAACUGGAAGGCUAAGACUUAGGGAACUCACAGAUGCCCAGCCAGGCAGUACUGACUGAUGCGUCUCAGUACUGGGGUACCUAGGGCAAAACGCGAGUAGACUCCAGCGUUGGUUUCUUAGGUCAGCCCACGCCUCCUGCCUCAGCAGAACGCCACUCCCUCCCCGCCAAGUGGCUCUUGUUCAGGAGGCGGGACCGAGUUCUCCGGUGGCCCCUGGAGGCUCCAGGCUGCGAGCUCUGGGAGGCUGGGAGGGGAGUGAGGGGAGAGGCGCUGACUGGGCAGUCCAAAGAGGAGGGGGCCUUUUAUAGGCUCGCCCAGUGCCUGGUUUGCUGCACCGCGAGUGACUGCGGUUAGCGAAGCAGCCCGCUACCUCGCGCCACUUCUCCACGACAAAUUUUCGCCUGUGCACUUGACAGCGAUCGUACUAAAGCUCCCAGAGCGCGUUUUGCUUAGGGAGGAACAGGUAGGAGGCGCGGGCUGCCCCGUGCACGCUUGCAGCUCUGGAAGGAGUCUCCACGACUUGGUUGGCUGUCCUUUCUGGUAGCUGCCUGUUGUCCCGGGCGUUGGUUUGUGGGCUACAAGGGGACAGUGCCUGCCGUGGGAGCCGGGCUAAGUCCCAUCCCAGAGCGCGGCUGUGCGCGGCCCGGCGCCAUGCUUCUGCUGGGCAUCUCAAUCCUGGCUCUCGCCUGGCGACCUGCUGGCAGCUCCGAGCCGGAGUGGGAGGUGGUCGUUCCAAUCCGACGGGACCCGGACAUCAAUGGCCGCCACUACUACAGGAGGGGUACGGAGGACUCCGGGGAUCAGGGUCUCAUUUUUCAGAUCACAGCUUUCCAGCAGGACUUUUACCUACACCUGACGCCGGAUGCCCAGUUCCUGGCUCCCGCCUUCGCUACGGAGUAUCUAGGUGUCCCCUUCCAGAGGCUCACCGGCAGCUCUCUAGACCUGCGACACUGCUUCUACUCCGGGUACGUGAACGCGGAGCCAGACUCCUUUGCUGCUGUGAGCCUGUGCGGGGGUCUCCGCGGAGCCUUCGGCUACCGAGGUGCGGAGUAUGUCAUUAGCCCUUUGCCCAACGCCAGCGCGCCGGCGGCGCAGCGUCACAGCCAGGGCGCACACCUUCUCCAGCGCCGGGGUGCUCCGGUAGGGCCUUCCGGAGACCCUACCUCUCGCUGCGGGGUGGCCUCGGGAUGGAACCCCGCCAUUCUGAGGGCCCUGGACCCUUACAAACCACGGCGGACGGGCGUGGGGGAGAGUCACAGUCGGCGCAGGUCUGGGCGCGCCAAGCGCUUCGUGUCUAUCCCACGGUACGUGGAGACACUGGUGGUGGCGGACGAGUCAAUGGUCAAGUUUCACGGCUCGGACUUGGAACAUUAUCUGCUGACGCUGCUGGCCACGGCGGCGCGACUCUACCGCCACCCCAGCAUCCUCAACCCCAUCAACAUCGUUGUGGUCAAGGUGUUACUCCUAGGAGACCGCGACACCGGGCCCAAGGUCACAGGCAACGCUGCCCUGACUCUGCGCAACUUCUGUGCCUGGCAGAAAAAGCUGAACAAAGUGAGCGACAAGCACCCUGAGUACUGGGACACAGCCAUCCUCUUCACCAGACAGGACCUAUGUGGGGCUACCACCUGUGACACCUUGGGCAUGGCUGAUGUGGGUACCAUGUGUGAUCCUAAGAGAAGCUGUUCUGUCAUCGAGGACGAUGGGCUUCCGUCGGCCUUCACCACUGCCCAUGAGCUGGGCCAUGUGUUCAACAUGCCUCACGACAACGUGAAGGUGUGCGAGGAGGUGUUUGGGAAGCUCAGAGCCAACCACAUGAUGUCUCCGACACUCAUCCAAAUCGAUCGUGCCAACCCCUGGUCAGCCUGCAGCGCUGCUAUCAUCACUGACUUCCUGGACAGUGGGCAUGGUGACUGCCUCCUGGACCAGCCCAGCAAGCCCAUCUCCCUGCCCGAGGACCUGCCAGGCACAAGCUACAGUUUGAGCCAACAGUGCGAGCUGGCCUUUGGGGUGGGCUCUAAGCCCUGUCCUUAUAUGCAGUACUGUACAAAGCUGUGGUGCACGGGCAAGGCCAAGGGGCAGAUGGUGUGCCAGACCCGCCACUUCCCUUGGGCAGAUGGCACCAGCUGUGGAGAGGGCAAGUUCUGCCUCAAGGGGGCCUGCGUGGAAAGACACAACCCAAACAAGUACCGGGUGGACGGCUCUUGGGCCAAGUGGGAACCGUACGGCCUCUGCUCUCGCACCUGCGGUGGGGGCGUGCAGCUGGCCCGGAGGCAGUGCAGCAACCCCACCCCUGCCAACGGCGGGAAGUACUGCGAGGGAGUGAGAGUGAAAUACCGAUCCUGCAACCUGGAGCCCUGCCCCAGCUCAGCUUCUGGCAAGAGCUUCCGGGAGGAGCAAUGUGAGGCUUUCAAUGGCUACAAUCACAGCACCAACCGGCUCACCCUAGCUGUAGCAUGGGUACCCAAGUACUCCGGCGUAUCGCCACGGGACAAAUGCAAGCUCAUCUGCCGAGCCAAUGGCACUGGCUACUUCUAUGUGCUAGCACCUAAGGUGGUGGAUGGUACGCUGUGUACUCCCGACUCCACCUCGGUCUGUGUCCAAGGCAAAUGCAUCAAGGCUGGCUGCGACGGGAACCUGGGCUCCAAGAAGAAGUUUGACAAAUGCGGGGUGUGUGGCGGGGACAACAAGAGCUGCAAGAGGGUCACAGGGCUUUUCACCAAGCCUAUGCACGGUUACAAUUUUGUAGUGGCCAUCCCUGCAGGCGCCUCCAGCAUUGACAUCCGCCAGCGUGGCUACAAGGGGCUCAUUGGGGAUGACAACUACCUGGCCCUGAAGAAUAGCCAAGGCAAAUACCUGCUCAACGGACACUUUGUGGUAUCUGCCGUAGAGCGGGACCUGGUGGUAAAGGGCAGCCUGCUCCGGUACAGUGGUACUGGCACUGCGGUAGAGAGCCUGCAGGCUUCUCGUCCCAUCCUGGAGCCGCUGACCGUGGAGGUCCUGUCAGUGGGGAAGAUGACGCCACCCCGGGUGCGCUACUCCUUCUAUCUGCCCAAAGAGCCUCGGGAGGACAAGUCCCCUCGCCCCAAGGACCCUCGGGGUUCCCCAGUGCUGCGCAACAGUGUUCUCAGCCUUUCCAACCAAGUAGAGCAGCCAGACAACAGGCCACCUGCACGCUGGGUGGCAGGCAGCUGGGGGCCUUGCUCGGUAAGCUGUGGCAGUGGCCUACAGAAGCGAGCAGUGGACUGUCGGGGCUCCCUGGAGCAGCGAGGAACCUCUGCUUGCGAUGCAGCUCAUCGACCAGUGGAGAAACGAGCCUGUGGGGAACCCUGUCCAACCUGGGAGCUUGGCAACUGGUCGCCCUGCUCUAAGAGCUGUGGCCGAGGAUUUAAAAGGCGCCCGCUCAAGUGUGUUGGUCACGGAGGGAGGCUGCUGGCUCGGGACCAGUGUGAACUACGGCGCAAGCCCCAGGAAUUAGACUUCUGUGUCUUGCGGCCCUGCUGAGGGGGACUGUCUCUUCCACUCCUUUAUUCUCCACCCACCGUUGUGCUGGUGCUGCGGUCAGCUGGAGCAGAGGAUGGCGGUCAGUGGCCUGUGUCACAGUGUCACUCAAAUCCAGAACAAGGACCAUGGGUCUGGGCGAGAGGUUCCUUCCUCCUUGGACCGGGCAGGGGGAAGCUAACUAAUGCACAGUCUACCUCAUGCCCUGCUCCUCGGGGCCCAGUUGUGGGGAGAGGCUUCAACAGAUGGGUGCUGGGCAGAAGGUGCUGAAGCCCUGCUUCCAGGAACCUGGAAGUUGGGUGCCUUCCAGGCAGAACAUCAGGGACCUUGGCCCCCCUAACGGAGACCACAGGCUGCUGGAAGAGCCAUGGCCUGCAGCUUGGCACCCUCAGGUGAUCCCAGGAGCUUUGACAUAUCCCUGAACAAGGCAGGGUUCUCACGGUGCUUUCAACCCUCUUUCUUUCUGACUGAUGUGGACCUAACAUUAAAAUUGUUCAGGGGUCACUAGAAGCCAAAGGGACAAGGAGAUGGGGUUCAUUUGGGUGCAACUUCCCUGUUUGGGAAAAGGUGGAUAUGUACAGGGAGUUCUGUGUUUGCUCUUCUUCCAUCGUGGCCCUCCUUGAAAAACCAGCAUCUUGGAACCCGGAUGGCCAGGGCAUUAGAUCUGUGGAGGCAGCACUGAUGUGGCCCCUGAUGCUUUGUAGGCAGCCAGGGAAACUGCAGGGACCUCUUCUUGGUCAAGAGAGCAGCUAUGACAAACAGAUGCUGCCACUUAAAAGGGGAGAUGAUUUGAUGGCUGAAGCAGGGAACACUAGAGAUUUCGAAGGUUCUGCUCUCACUGGGGUGAGGAUGGGUAGGUGCUGAGCUGUGGGAUCUGACUUUAGGAAUGUCACUCUGGGCUGGGGGAAAGGAGUUCUGAUGAUGAAGACACUGCAUGGCCCCAGGGAACUUUCACAGUGACCAUAGCCCUGUACCCACUGAGGGAGGAGUGGGUGUGCCUGGGCGGGGGUGAGAUGCUGAAAACCCACCUGCUGACAAGUCAGUCUUCUUCCUUGGCACCUCCUGCUGUCUCCUGUGGGCAUGCUACAUUAUAUCUCCAAGCCUUCACCUUUCUUGGAGGUAAAUGGGGUUCAUUGUUUGCUACCUCAGAUCGUGCUCUCUAGGACAGAAGUAACGUGACGCUUCCGCCAUACUCAGUUAUCAUCAUAGCUGGAGCUGCCCAAAGAGCUGAGUGUGUGCGUGGAUUCCUGUUUCCCACAGCCUGGCUAUCUGCUCUGCUGGAGCUCAAAAUAUGAAGACAGAAUGGGGUGGAGUGUCUUUUUCUUCAGGUUCCUUGGGAUCAGGUUUUAGGAAACACUAAGAAUCAAUGCUCUGACUUAGGGACUCUUGGAAGCCACCAGCAGAACUACUGGAGACCCGUCUGUCAUUCUUGUAGACGUGUCAGGGAAAUAGGAAUCCAGGUAUUUCUUACAGUAGGGUAUCUCUUGAAGACCCCGAGGCUCCAGUGUAUAUAGGGCAUCUUCAAAGAAUAGGCAACGUGUCCAGGGCCUCAGUGGAGGACUUGAUGGAGAGAAGACCAAAACUCUUGUCUUCAUUGUGGGAGACAGGGACCUGUGUCAGUUCUUUUACAUGUCCCCUAGUAGUCAAAAUCUACAUGCUGGCCAGUGGCCAGUUUAGCCUCUAGGACAGUGGUUCUCAACCUGCAGGUUGCAAUCCCUUUGAGGGUGGAGUGACCUUUUCACAGAAGUCACAUAUCAGAUAUCCUGCAUUUCAGAUAUUUACAUUAUGAUUCAUAACAGUAGCAAAAUUACAGUUUUGAAGUAACAAUGAAAAUAAUUUUAUGGUUGGGGGGGUCACAACAUGAGGAACUGUAUUAAAGGGUUGCAGCAUUAGGAAGGUGGAGAAACACUACUCUAGGGUGUUAUUCUAACCCUGGUUGAUCUCUGGGCUGGAGACCUUGGAUAGAGCUCCUACAGUAGGUGAAGGGCAUGCAACCCUCUGAGGGUUACAGUCACCAAUGAAGGACAGUGUGAGGCAGAAGCAGCAAGUACUUCAGAACUGUAACAACAAAAGGACCCCAGGGCCUGAGGCUGAGGGGAACCUUGCUAGCUGAUGACAGCAUGGCGCCCCGUGCUUUGUGCAUUCUAUCUCUACAAGUAGAGGUGGCGCUUGGCUGUGCAGACAGGGUUAGGGCUGGGGUGGGUGGGAAGUGAGGUGACUGGCCUUGAACGGAGCAGUAUUGCCAUCAGCUAUUUUACAAAUUAUUUCAAGGAGGGAUGGUCACUCUUGUUCCUGACAAAUUCCAGGUGUCCACACUCUUUUUUUUCUGUCACAAUAGUUUUUAUUUUUGAUUUAUAAAUUUCUUCUUUUUAAAAGAAGUAUGACGGAGACAACUUGGGAAGUUUGUCUUGCCUUUGAACAUUUUCUGUCAACCCGUGCUGAGCAGAGAUGAGGUCAAGGCACAGGUUUCUCAUGAUGGAAUAAGAAGUCAAAGUGAUGUCCCAUGCCUGUGGAGAAGAACACUCUGGUGGCUCCAGGAACUUCUUCACUGGGAUAUGGACCAGUAAGACUUCGGGUUCGGGAUCCCCUACCCUCCUUUGCAUAGUGUGUGCACUGAUUGGAGGAUUUAGACUCAGACACCCUCUUAUGGACUUCAUCAUGUUGCGGGAGGGGCUGGAAGGAGCCCAGCUUGGAAGUCAGCUGCUGGAGACUCUAGACACUGUUGUUGGUAGAGCCCCUUCCCCGUUUGGGCUUGCUUCUUUUGCAUUUUGUAUACUGCAGAAGGAUGAGAGGGUCUGGGGACUGGCUGAGCGUGUAUACUGUGUAUACAUGGGAGCUGGCUGCUGAGGUGACAGCAGCCUACUCCUAAUAAAGUUGGAUGUAUUUAAAACUUG